AAGCCAGGGUGUGACGGCGCUGCUCUCCAUUAUAACAGUUUCGCUCAACCUCUUGCCGACUCGUUGUCUGACAUGGGUACUCACGUUCAAAUGGCCAUGAUUGCGGUGUCGUGCGUCGUAUCCCUUCUAGCACCGUGCCUGGCCCAGGACGUGCUCGUGACGGUGCAGCAGGGCACGCUCCGGGGCGCCGUGAUCACCAGCGUGCUGGGCACGCCCUACAUCAGCUUCAAGGGAGUGCCCUACGCCCAGCCGCCGGUGGGAAAUCUCCGUUUCCAGGCGCCACAGCCAGCCGCAAGUUGGGAGGGGGUGCGUGACGCCUUGGAGCAGAGCGAAAUGUGCAUGCAGCCGGUGAGCGGCGUCUACCACGCGGGCUCCGAGGACUGCCUCUACCUGAACGUGCACGUGCCGAUGAACGCGUCGGGGCCGCUGCCCGUGCUCGCCUGGAUCCCCGGCGGCGGCUUCACCAACGGAGCCUCGUCCUUCAACGGCCCAGACUUCUUCAUCGAGGAGGGCGUCAUCGUGGUGUCGCUGCAGCAGCGGGUCGGCGCCUUGGGUCUGUUGAGCACCGGCGACGAUGUGGUCCCCGGGAACGCAGGCAUGAAGGACAUCGUGAUGGCGCUGCGCUGGGUGCAGCAGAACAUCGCUGCCUUUGGUGGAGACCCCGACCAGGUGACCAUCGGCGGCGAGAGCGCGGGAGCCUGCUCCACGUCCCACCUGAUCAUCUCCCCGCUCGCCGACGGCCUGUUCCGGGGCGCAAUACUGCACAGCGGGGAGGCGGUCAGCUCUUGGGGCGUCGGCGCCGACCCCGCGGUCAGGGCCUUCCGCCUGGGAGAGGCCCUCGGCUUCUCCACCAACGACUCGCGGGAGCUGCUGGAGUUCCUCCUGGCGCAGGACGCUGCAGACCUCGUCACCCACGACGACGAGCUGUUGUCUCCGGAGGAGGAGGCGCAGCUGCCGCUGCUGGUGUGGAUGCCCGUGAUAGAGCCGGAUGUGGAGGGCGCCUUCAUCACGGAGUGGCCCGCUGCCGCCUUGAAGGACGGCCGCUUCAGCAGGGUGCCCGUCAUCACCGGCUUCACGUCUGGCGACGGGAUGGAGGCAGUCAGUCGCAAGCGGUACCUGGACGACGCGGCGGCGCUGCAGCAGCUGAGCGACAACUUCGUGGCGGCGGUGUCCCCGCAGCUGCACCUGCCGACGCCGCAGCAGCGCGAGGAGGCCGCCCUGCAGCUGCGCGACUUCUACUUCGGGCACGAGAACAUCACCACCAGCGACGCGCAGGCCGUCGUCGACAUGCUCACCGACCUUGCCUUCGGGGAGCCAGUGGACUCGACAGUGAGGGUGGUGGCCAACCACACGGACGCCGCCCCCGUCUACUACUACCUGUUCGACUACAGGGGGGAGGAGCUGGGGAACACUACAUACGGAACACCUCAUGCGACCCAGAGCAGUGUCGUCUUCUACCUUCAGUAUCUUCCCAUUUUAGCUGAUCCUGAGUCGACUUUCGGACGCUUAAGGUCGACUAUGACGAGACUUUGGACCAACUUCAUCAAGUAUGAGACUCCGUCUCCAGAAGGCGAGGAGGUAGUCUGGGAACCUUUCGACAACAGCAACCUUUACUACUUGCACAUUACCGACACAUUUGAACUUAAACAAGAUGUUUACAAGGAACGUAUGGACUUCUGGCACCAGAACAUUCCACUGUAAAGGAAUGUGGACGUCUGUAUCAGUUACCAGAAAGUCUACUAAUUACAUUGUUGCUCAACUGUGUGCAUUUGUUAUUUUGUAUACUGUAGUAAUGUGAAUUAUUCAUUGAAAUAUUGGGUGUUUAUAAAGUCAUAAUUUUCCACUUGAACACUAUAGUAAAGGCUCUUAACAACGUGAACAUAAUUCAUAUACUUCUUGAUACAAAUUUAGUUCAUUUCAAUGUGAUGACUCUGCAAGGUAAGCGCAGGUCCCAUCGUUCCUACGUAGCCCAAAGAAUGCUUGUUAACACUGCUAGCUUUGUUCUACGCCUUCAAAACUGUGGUUUUUCAGUUGUUGAAGAUUAUCGUAUAUUACUUGAUACACCUCGGACUUCAUAAAUCUCCCAACGAAAGUGUCCACUGGAUUCAAAUCGGGUGAGCGGUGAGUCCAAAGUCUUGGCAAUGCUCGGCCAGUCCACGUCCGAGGAAAUGUGGCAUUCGGGUGGUAACGAUGUAGGCGGUCAGCAGUGUCAGCUGUCCUUUGUUGUAUUGUAUACUUUCUUUUAUACUGGCUGUAGGAGUGGCGGAAUCUGUAACGUUACGACAGAAGUGGUAAGGAACUUGAUAAACACCCUGUAGAAGAAAAUGAAUUUUGA